AGAAGAAGAAGAAGAAGAAGAAGAAGCAGAAGCUACUAUCACUGUCUGUCUGUUAGCUUUGAGACGGCUAACAAUACAGCGAUAAGAUUGAUCCGUUUAAUGAAAGUGGUUACAUGUUACAAGUCUUUUUAUUCAAGUUUAUGUGUUAGUAUCUUAAUGGCCAGUUGCUGUCGGCGCUACACAACGUUAUGAUAUAAAGAGUCGUCAAAUUUAGGUAAUGACAACUGCGGAACUAGCUCUGAAAUUGAUUUGGAUUUGUGCCUGUUACACAAGAUGAAUCGUCCCAAGCCUCCAACUCUCAGGCGCCCCAGUGCUGCAAAACCAUCAGGUCACCCCCCACCAGGAGAUUUUAUAGCUCUUGGAUCAAAGAGCCAGGGAGGAGAGCCCAAAGCCCCGCCCGUCCUCCUGAAGCCACCAUCCACUGGUUUACCUGCAGACCGUAAGAGAGAGACGUCUUCCACUAUACCGUCGUCUUCAGGGCUGUCCACCCUCGCCAAGCGGCCGAAACUCUCCACUACCCCUCCCGUCAGUGCCAUUGGACGACUCGCUGAUGUUGCAGCUGUGGACAAGAGGGCAAUAUCGCCCUCAAUAAAGGAGCCGUCUGUGGUACCUAUUGAAGUGUCUCCAUCGGUGCUGUUAGAUGAGAUUGAGGCAGCAGAGUCAGAAGGAAAUGAUGAUCGCAUUGAGGGACUGCUGUGUGGAGCGGUAAAACAACUGAAACUGAACCGGGCCAAGCCUGACAUCACGCUGUAUCUCAGUCUGAUGUUCCUGGCAAAAAUCAAGCCCAAUGUUUUUGCCACUGAAGGGAUUAUUGAGGCUUUGUGCAGCCUUUUACGUCGGGAUGCUUCAAUCAAUUUUAAAGCAAAGGGAAACAGCCUGGUGUCUGUUCUUGCUUGUAAUUUGCUAAUGGCAGCCUAUGAGGAGGAUGAGAACUGGCCAGAGAUUUUUGUCAAAGUGUACAUUGAGGACUCCCUGGGUGAAAGAAUCUGGGUGGACAGUUCUCACUGUAAGAAUUUUGUUGACAACAUCCAAACUGCUUUUGGCACAAAGAUGCCCCCAAAGAGUAUGCUCCUGCAGGCUGACACCGGCCGCUCUGGCGGAGACCUCAGUGCAGGCAGCAGUCCUCAUCCCUCAACCCCAGAUGAGGAUGACAGCCAGACUGAAUUGCUCAUUGCAGAGGAGAAACUCAGCCCUGAAGAUGAGGGGCAGGUUAUGCCAAGGUAUGACGAACUGGCUGAGAGUGUGGAGGACUAUGUGCUUGAUGUCCUGAGGGAUCAGUUGAACCGCAGGCAACCGAUGGACAAUGUGUCUAGAAACCUGCUUCGUCUGCUCGCAGCUACUUGUGGCUACAAAGAAGCACGACUCAUGGCUGUGCAGAGGCUGGAGAUGUGGCUCCAGAACCCAAAGCUGACUCGACCGGCUCAAGACCUUCUCAUGUCCUUGUGCAUGAACUGUAACACCCAUGGAACAGAUGACAUGGAAGUCAUAUCCAACCUGAUCAAGAUUCGACUCAAACCCAAAGUCCUCCUCAACCACUACAUGCUGUGUGUCAGGGAGCUGCUCAAUGCACACAGAGACAACCUGGCCACUAUGGUGAAGCUGGUGAUAUUUAAUGAGCUGUCUAAUGCCAGGAAUCCCAAUAACAUGCAAGUCCUUCACACUGUGCUACAGCACAGCCCAGAGCAGGCCCCGAAGUUUUUGGCGAUGGUGUUCCAGGACUUGCUCACCAAUAAGGACGAUUACCUUCGUGCCUCUCGAGCUUUGCUGCGAGAGAUAAUCAAACAGACCAAGCAUGAGAUUAACUUCCAGUCCUUCUGCUUUGGUUUAAUGCAGGAGAGAAAGGAGGCCAGCUAUGUGGAAAUGGAAUUCAAAGAGCGGUUUGUUAUUCAGGUGACGGAUUUACUGACCGUCUCCAUGAUGUUGGGCAUCACUGCUCAGGUUAAAGAAGCUGGCAUUGCAUGGGACAAAGGAGAAAAGAAAAAUCUGGAGAUUUUAAGGUCAUUUCAGAAUCAGAUAGCUGCCAUCCAGAGAGAUGCUGUGUGGUGGCUUCACACAGUGGUUCCCACCAUCAGCAAAGUUGGUGCAAAAGACUAUGUCCACUGCCUUCACAAAGUGCUCUUCACUGAGCAACCUGAAACCUAUUACAAGUGGGACAACUGGCCCCCUGAAAGUGACAGAAAUUUUUUCCUUCGCCUGUGCUCAGAGGUUCCUUUGUUGGAGGACACAUUGAUGCGAAUCCUGGUGAUCGGACUGUCUCGUGAUUUGCCCCUGGGCCCAGCGGAUGCCAUGGAGCUUGCGGACCACCUGGUUAAGAGAGCUGCUGGAGUUCAGUCGGAUGACCUAGAGGUUCUGAGAGUGGAGAGGAUCCAGCUCAUUGAUGCAGUGUUGAAUCUGUGUACUUACCACCACCCAGAGAACAUUCAGCUGCCAGCAGGGUACCAACCACCAAACCUGGCGAUCUCCACGCUCUAUUGGAAAGCAUGGCUCCUGUUGCUUGUGGUGGCUGCAUUUAAUCCCCAGAGGAUUGGCCUGGCUGCCUGGGAUGGGUAUCCUACACUGAAAAUGCUCAUGGAGAUGGUUAUGACAAAUAACUAUAGCUACCCUCCUUGCACCAUUGCGGAUGAAGACACGAAGACAGAGAUGAUCAACAGGGAGCUGCAGAUUUCUCAGAGAGAAAAACAAGAGAUUCUGGCCUUCGAGAGCCACUUGGCAGCAGCCUCCACCAAACAGACCAUCACAGAGAGCAACAGUUUGCUGCUGUCACAACUUACAAGCCUGGACCCACAGGGCCCUCCGCGUCGACCUCCGCCACAAGUCCAGGAGCAAGUGAAAAGCCUCAACCAGUCUCUGCAUCUAGGACAUCUCCUCUGCCGCAGCCGAAGCCCAGACUUUCUUCUCAAUAUUAUCCAGAGACAGGCUUCAUCUCAGUCCAUGCCAUGGUUGGCAGAUCUGGUUCAGUCUAGUGAGGGGUCUCUGGACGUGCUUCCAGUGCAGUGUCUGUGUGAAUUUCUUCUGCAUGAUGCUGCGGAUGACAGUCUGCCAGUAGAAGACGAUGAAGAAGGAGAGAGCAAAGAACAGAGGGCAAAGAAGAGACAGAGACAACAAAAGCAGAGGCAGCUACUUGGACGACUCCAGGACCUAUUGUUGGGUGCUAAGGCUGACGAACAGACAACAUGCGAAGUGCUGGAUUACUUCCUGCGUCGUCUCAGCUCUUCUCAGGUGGCAUCAAGAGUCUUGGCCAUGAAGGGUUUGUCGUUGGUGCUGACUGAAGGAGGCUUGAAAGAUGGAGAGGAGAGAGAUCAGCCCAUGGACGAUGACUCAGCAGAUGCUGAGCUUUUGCCAGGGUAUCAGUGGCUACUGCAAGACCUCCCAAAGCUCCCCCUGUUUGACAGUGUCAGAGGAAUGACAUCCACGGCUCUGCAGCAGGCUAUUCACAUGGAGACAGAUCCUCUGACGAUCAGUGCCUAUCUCAUCUACCUCUCCCAGCAUGCACCAGUGGAGGAACAGGCUUCUCACAAUGACCUGGCUCUGGAUGUUGCCCGACUGAUUGUGGAGCGUUCCACCAUCAUGAACAACCUGUUCUCUAAGCACUCGACCCGGCCCGAGUCUGAUGCUGUGCUCUCUGCUUUCCUGUCCAUCUUCUCUGCCUACAUCAGGAGAAUGAGGAAGACAAAGGAGGGCGAAGAUCUUUACAGCUGGUCAGAAUCUCAGGACCAGGUGUUUCUCCGCUGGACUACAGGAGAGACUGCUACGAUGCACAUUCUUGUCGUGCAUGCUAUGGUUAUCCUGCUGACUCUGGGGCCGCCCAAAGGAGAGAGUGAUUUCUACAAUCUUUUGGAUAUUUGGUUUCCUGACAAGAAACCUCUACCCACUGCCUUCCUGGUUGAUACCUCCGAGGAGGCUCUUCUCCUUCCUGAUUGGCUAAAACUGAGAAUGAUCCGAUCCGAGGUCUCUCGACUAGUUGACGCAGCUUUGCAAGACCUGGAGCCUCAGCAGCUGCUGCUCUUUGUUCAGUCCUUUGGCAUUCCUGUAUCCAGUAUGAGUAAACUCCUGCAGUACCUGGAUCAGGCUGUUUCCCACGAUCCACAGAGCCUUGAGGAGAACAUCAUGGACAAACACUACAUGGCCCACCUGGUGGAGGUUCAGCAUGAGCGAGGUGCCACUGGGGGGCACACUUUCCAUUCACUAUUGAGCGCCUCUCUUCCUCCUCACAGAGACUCUUCUGACAAAAGCAAGGCCAAAGUUACUGUGGAAAUGCCCCACAGCUCUGUGAUGAGAGCUGCCAGUCAGCUUCCUCCAGUCAGGCCUGAUGACGAUCUCACUGGCAUGUUGCUCCAGGUGGGAUUUGAGUUUGCAGAUUUCUUGAAAGUCUGUAAUUUUCAUCAAUGGAUUAAAAAAGCCACCUCUGUGUCAAAUUUGGCUUGUGUUUUUCCGCCUCUGCCACAGAUAUUCCCCUUAAAGGUGGACCCUCGCUGGCCUGGACCCCCACCCAGCCAGCUCUCCCUGGCCCUGCAGCAGGCUUUGGCUAAAGAGCUGAUGAGAGCCAAGCAGGGGCAAAUUCAGCAGGGUGGAUUAUCUUAUCGGCUCCUUCAGGCCAUCGCGGCCCUGCUCACCUCCACCCACGCGGGACCUAUUGUCAUGUCGAUGCACCGCAGUCACGCCCUCUCCUGUCCUCUCGUUCGUCAGCUUCACCUUUACCAGCGACUCGUGUCCCAGGACGUUACCUUCUCAUCGCUAUUUCUCAAGGUCAUUGUUGAGAUGUUAAUCUGGUUAGACAACCCAACUGUGGAAGAAGGGCCGCUGAAGACGCUGCUCAAAUCCUUUGCUGGUCAGAACGCUCACAAACACAGGCACAGUGAUGUCCGUACAGCAUUCCUCCACCUGGCUGAGGCUUUGGCAUAUCGCAGAGAUACUGAGGUGCCACUAAGAGCUGUCAUUGCCAUGCUGAAAGCUGGUGAGAGGUGUAACGCAGAGGCUGAACUCAUCAGCAAAGUAUUACAUGGGCUCAUGGAGGUGAGGUCGCCGUAUUUAGAGGAGCUCCUGUCUCUGUUGAUGACUGUGGGUACGCAGAACGGGACCGCGGGCCCCGUUGCCAUGGUAAUCUCCUUACUGCUCCAGGAAAACGAGGAGCGAGCUGUGAAAAAGGAAGCAGAUUCUAACAACAGCUCUGAGGUGACGAAGUCAGGACUAAGCUUUGGGCUCCUGGUUGAUUGGUUGGAGCAUCUCGACCCCGAGGUCACAUCCGUGUGUCCAGACCUCCAACAGAAACUGCUGUUUGCCCUCAACAAGGCACGAGGCACUCCCGCCUACAGACCCUAUCUUUUAGCCUUGCUCACACAUCAGUCAAACUGGGCCACUCUGCUCCAGUGUAUCGGUGCUCUUCUCAGCAAGCGCAGAGACUACAAGCUGGAUCCAUCAUCAGCUUUGGAUUUCCUGUGGGCAUGCAGCCACAUCCCUCGUAUCUGGCAGGGACGUGACCAGAAGAUCCCUCAGAAGAAAACGGAGAAGUUUGUGCUGCGUCUCAGUUCGGAGGAGCUCAUCAGCCUGGUGGACCUGAUUCUAUCGGAGCUGGAGCUGAGCGCUCACAACUCGCCACACAGUGACAGGAGCAACACAGAGCAGGCCUCCUGCUCCCUCAUCCAGUCGAGGCUCCCGCUCCUUCACUCCUACUGUAAUGGAGAUCUGGAGAACAUCAAGAAUAUUUCCGAGUACCUGAUCAACUGUAUAAAGAAAUGGGAUGAUAGUGCAAUGAGUAAGCGUUGCCAGAACCUGCUGUUACAGAUCUAUCUGCACUUUCCUGAGGUCAUCCAACACAUUACUCUACCUGAAGGCACCUUCAGCAGUGGAGGAGCCGCAGACGGGAGCAGCUGCAAGCUUGAUGUUCUGGUCCACCGCCUGGUCACCCUGCUCGCAGAUGUGGGAGAGUCAAAGUCUGCCGAGGGCCGUGUGUCUGAUGCCAACCUUGCCUGCAGGAAGCUAGCGGUGUCACACCCCGUUCUUCUGCUGAGACACCUGCCCAUGAUUGCAGGGCUGCUACACGGCCGCAUUCACCUCAACAUGUACGAGUUCAGGCAGCAGAACCACAUGACGUUCUUCAGCAACGUUCUCGCCAUCCUCGAGCUGCUGCAGCCGCUUGUUUUCCAAAGUGACCACCAGAGGGCGCUUCAAGACUGCCUUCUCUCCUUUAUGAAGGUCCUACAGAGGACUCGUUCUCCGUUGGUGUUCAUCAACAAGUUUCUGCAGUUCACGCAGAAGUACAUAACACACGACGCAGCGGCGGCUAUUCCUUACCUGCAGAAGCACUCGGACAUUUUGCAGGGCCUGUGUGCAGAAAACCCAGACUUGGUGCAGCUAAAGUCUUUGCUGGCUGGUCUCACUUUGCCGCUGCGGAGCUCUUCUGUAGAGGUCACAGCAGAAGAGAAGGACGAUGAUGUGUCCACUGGUUCCCUGGCCCUCGUCAACAUAUCGGCCUCGGUUUCACUGAGUGCGGCCGACAUGACGAUGUACCUGAAAAAGAUGUCAAGAGGAGAGGCAGUGGAGGACGUGCUGGAAGUGUUGACAGAGGUGGAUGAGAAGUCGAGGAGGAGCCCAGAGAUCAUCCAGUACUUCACAAACGACCUGCAGAGACUCAUGGCUUCCUCUGAGGAGCUGUGUCGGAACAUGGCCUUCAGUCUGGCUCUGCGCUGCAUUCAGAAUAACCCCUGCCUGGCAACAGACUUCCUGCCGACUUUCAUGUACUGCAUGGGCAGUGGUAACUUUGAUGUGGUCCAGACAGCCAUCAGGAAUCUCCCAGAGUAUGUGCUUCUGUGUCAAGAACAUGCAGACAUCUUGCUCCACAAGGCGUUUUUAGUGGGAAUCUACGGACAAAUCGACACCAGUUCAAUGAUCGCAGAGUCCAUGAAGGUCCUUCACAUGGAAGCAACAACAUAAACACAAAGUGCCCAACUCUGCAUCCAGUUCCAUACAGUGUCAUUCACUCUGUGCAUUCCAGUGUUAGAUUCUUUUAUUACCUUCAGUUCAGACGUCUCUAACUGGACAUUAACAAACUCACAGUGGUUCAGACUGAAGGCUCCUGGAAUGAGCUGCUCGCCACCAGUAAUGUGAUGAAUUGGUGACUUCAAUGAAAGUAUUAAAUUUCCCUCAGACUUAUUUUUAACUGAUGAUAUAGUAAUGCAUUAACCAUCAGCGAUAACAUAGUUUGAUAUUAGGUAAAUGGGGAUUAUACGUAAAAAUAUGAACAGCACACAUAAAAGCAGGAAUAUUGUAAAAAUAAAUCAUAAAUCAAAUUUUUUGAAGGAGAUUAAGAAGGAGGAGAUUUUUAUAUAUUUACUGUCACAAAGUUACCAUUUGUUACAUUAUCUGGCAGCGCAGCCCUCACGGUAAAUGGUACAGCUUCCUAUUUCUAUUUACUUAUGAAAUGACAUUAGUAAAGUAAGAUACUUUAACUUUAAGCUGCACUUGAAUGUUUUGAAUCCACAUCUUUUCAACAAUUGACAGAUGAUUAAAUAUAAGAAGCCAGAUCAGUCCUGUGAGUCCGUUAAACAGCUGAAAUAAGAGCUUUAAAGUCACGUUGCUUUACUCUUGCACUGAGCGCCGUUGGUCAACUGAAUAAAACAAGUUUUGGAA